AUGCCCCACGAGUUGUAGUCCGACAGUAGAAGAAUCAAAGAAUUAAUCCUAUCCGUCGCUACAAUAUCACAUUCGACGGUGAAGAUCCUGUCCUCAUAAACCCCCACGAAACAGCGGUGACGUAACGCCGGAUACACAGCCCAAGCGAAAGAAAAUUAAAAAAGAAACGGAAAAAACAGAAAUAUAUAAAAGAAUUUAUCGUCACUUUACCGAAAAGCCGUUCUCGUAAAUCAGAGAAACAGCGGGAUAAAUUCCUUUAAUUUAUUCAAAUAAACGCGAGCGACGAAAAUUCCAUUUUCGAAUCGUGAAAUCUCGAUCUAGGGUUUAGCAUCGCCGUCGGCGGAUUCGAUCGGAGAAUGGCGAACCAGUACGCAGCUCAGGUCACUGCAUCGCAGGUGGGUUCGUACUUCGUUCAACAGUACUAUCAGGUGUUUCAGCAGCAGCGGGAGUAUGUGCACCAGUUUUACAAUGAUUCCAGCUCCAUGAUGCGAGUUGAUGGAGAAAUCAGCGAGUCUGCGUCGGAUAUGAUGAAAAUUCAUGAAGUGCUUAUGUCUCUUAAUUUUUCGGGAAUUGAGAUCAAGACAAUAAAGUCACUUGAAUCAUGGAAUGGAGGUGUUCUUGUAGUUGUUACUGGCUCUGUCAAGUCUAGAGACUUCAGUUAUUGGAGGAAAUUUGUGCAAACUUUUUUCCUUGCUCCUCAAGAGAAAGGUUACUUUGUUCUGAAUGAUAUGUUCCAUUUCGCCGAUGAUGAGGUGACGCACCAACCUUCAGCUCCAGUACAUGAACAGCAUGUUGAUUAUCAGCCGACUAUUUCAUCUCAUGUUCCUGAUCCACCUGUUUCUGAUUAUGCAUUGGAGGAGGAGGCAGGUGAAUACGGUAACUCUGUUCACGUUGAAGGAGUUGAGCCAGUUCAAGACUACAGUUAUGAGGAGCAUCUUCGACAGGAUCCUGAGCCAGAACCCGAGCUGGAGCUAGAGCCAGAGCAGGAGCCAGAGCCUGAAGUUGACAGACUUGAAGAAGAAUCUCCUUUUGAAGAAACAAGUCAUGUGCUUCAAAAUCCAUUAUCUACUGUGCAUGAACCUCAGCUUUCUGUGGAGGAACCCGUUGGAGAACCGGAGAAACUCACCUAUGCAUCUAUAUUGCGGGUUAAAGGAAGAACUCAACCGCCAAUGAUUUCGCAACCAGCUUUCACUCCGAGACCACCUGUUGCAGACUGGAACCAUAUUUCACCACCUGUGGUGCAGCAGCCAAUCUCAACUCCUCCAUCAUUUGGUCUGGACGUAAUGGAGGAAUCCUUAUCGGCACAAGAAGGGGAACCAAAAUCUGUAUAUGUGAGAAAUUUGCCGUCUUCAGUAACAAGUCUUGAUCUUCAGCAAGAGUUUGAGAAUUUCGGGAGAAUCAAGCAUGAUGGAAUCUUCUUGAGGAACCGCAUUGAUACUGGUGUCUGCUAUGCCUUUGUUGAGUUUGAAGAUAUUCAGAGUGUUCGGAAUGCUCUCAAGGCUUCUCCUAUUCAAUUGGGCGGAAGGAAAGUAUAUGUUGAGGAGAGAAGACCAAAUAGUGGUGCGGCUCGUGGUGGAAGGAGCGGGAUUCGAGGCAGAGGUGGGCGUGGUGGAAGGAGUUCUGGUAGGUGAGCGAAGUGCCAGUGAUAGCAAAAGAGAAGAGUUAGAACUGGUGGUUUCGGUGCACGUGAUGUAGUGAUUGUGUCAUCCAAUAACAAAAGUGGUUCGCAUGUUGCCAUGACUUUCAGUUUUAUUGCUGAAGCAAAUGCUUCCUUUUUGUUUGGUGUCUUUUCUUUUUUUCUUUUUUUCCGGUUUCAAGUGAAAACUUAUUUGGAGAGAUCUUCUGAGUGGCCUUCGGGUUCAAAUUUUCUCAUACUUAUGGGUUUUUCUGUCCUCCUUUUGGUUGCUUUUUCAUCUUCCAAUUUUGGGGGGUGGGGGGGUUGUCUUUUUGUACCAGUAAUGAGAAAUUUUCAUGCAGAUGCUAAAUAGGGUGUAGUUUUUCUAUUGGAAAAGAUGAUACCCCAAAGAACAAAUUCAGUAUUAUAUUGGGAUAGAUUGUUUCAUUAUC